AUGCUGAAAAGUACAACAAAAACUGAUAGCACAAAGCGAGAUCAAAAUAGGAAAUUAUUACAAAAAAAAUUAUCGAAAGAUUCUGUUACAUCUACGAAAUUUUGUGAUUCUUCUGAGGAGAGAGAAGCCGGAUCAAAUACUAGUAGUAACGUUAGUAUAAAAAUAUUGGAAAAAUUAAAUAAUACGAGAAAUUUAAAUGCUAAUAAUACAGAUUCAUUUAUAUAUGAUAUAAAAACAUCUUCUAACGUCAAUUAUAAAAAAAUAGAUAAAAAUAAUUCACAAGAAUUAAAUAGUACUAACAUAUUAAAUAAAGUAGACAAUACAAGUACUUGUAGUGUAAUUCCAGAAAAAGCUAAAAGAAGCGAUAGGCAUUCAGAUGAAAAUAAUAUUUCUAGUAAAUUAAAUAGUAACAAAAUUAAAGGAGAUAUUAAUAAUCAGGAAAAUAUUAUAAACAUUCAAACAUCAAGAAUCAAUAACGAUAUUUUAAAUACUGAAAAAAAUAAUAAAACAAAUUUAAAUAAAGCAUUGUAUGUAUCGAGUGAUCCAAAAAAUAUAUCUCAUACAAUUACUUUUAGAGAUAAUUCAACAAAAGACGAAAAUAAUAUAUAUUAUAAUCCUAAUAAUAAUUCGCAUUUUUAUUCAGAUAAUAAAUCAAAACAUUUCGCACAUAACUUUAAUUCUAAUACAACUGAUUUUUUAAGUUCUUACUCUAACAAUAAUUUUAAUUCUUAUAUUGAUAACAAUUUGAGCUCUUAUGUCAAUAAUAGUUUGAAUUCUUAUGCAAACAAUAAUUUUAAUUAUUAUACAAGUAAUAAUUUAAAUUCUUAUUCAAAUAAAAAUAUUAUUAUUGAUCAAAAAUUAAGAAGUCCUUUUCCAUAUUUAAGUAAUUUUGAGUGUACAAGUAAAAGACUAGAUACAUUUAAUACAUCUUUAGAUACAAAUUGUGACCCUAAUAUAUCAAAUGAAAUGGAUUUUUUAAAUAUGUAUAGUAGUCAUACUCCUAUGGGUAGUAAUAAUUCAAACAUUCUUGAUUCUUCCCAGUAUAUGAAUGGUAAUCCGUAUAGUCCUGACAAUAGUUAUUUUAAUAGCACCAGCUACAAUAUAACAUCAGAAGUUGGUAAUUAUAAUAAUAUAGUUGAUAAAAAUAUUUGUGAUAAUAAUGUAAGUUCAACUUCUUACUUCACUAAUGAUAAAAAAAGCAAUGAUGGUAAAAUAGAGGAAACUUCGAAUUACAUUGAUCAUAAAUAUAACAAUAUUACAGAUAAAUCUUUAAUAAAUAAUGACAUUUUUAAAUCAAAACCAAUUAGAGAAAAUGAGCUUGUUAGAAAUGAUGUUUCGUAUUCUGAAAAAAUUAGCUCUCAUACCGAUUAUUCUAGAGCAAAGCAUAGUUCUCAUGUUAUAGACAAACGAAUAGUUCAUGAAGGAUUUGAUACAAUAAAAAUUCCGAAGUACCGAGAAGUGGAAGUUGUGGAAAAAAUUGUUGAAGUUCCUGUAGUUCACAAGGUUAAUAAAUAUAUAAAUAAAUAUGAAAUUAAAGAAGUUGAAAAGAUGGUUAAAAAACCAAUAAAAAAAUAUGUAGAAACAAAAAUUGAAGUUCCAGAAUUGCAUUUUCAAGAUAAAAUAGUAGAAGUUCCAGAAUUACAAGAGAUUGUAAAAAUUGUGGAAAAACCAGAAAUAAAGGAAAGAAUAAUAUACAAGAAUAGAGUUGAGACAAAAAUAAUACCAAAAUAUAUUGAGGUUCCUGUUGUAAAAAUAGUUAACAGGUAUGAAGAAUAUGAUGAUAUAGGAGAAGUUAUAAAAACAGUGCCUGUAAAAAAAAUCGUAGAAAUACCAAAUGAAGUAAUAAAACAAGUUAAAAUUCCAGUAAGAAAAAUAAUAGAAAAACCUAAUUAUGUACCUAUAAUUAAAUAUCGUGAUGUCCCAAUAGAGAAAAUAAGAUAUGUUCCUAAAAUACAAACAGUUGAAUUAGUAAAGACUAUACCUAAAAUAAUAGAUGUACCAGUUCCAGUUAAAGUACCUAAAAUUAAAAUUAUAGAUAAGCCAUAUUACAUAAAUAAAUAUAUUGAUAAACCUGUAGUUGUACCUGUUUCAAAGAGAAUUAAGCCAAUAUAUAAAUAUGAAGGUAAAAAAAUAAUAGAAGUACCAAUCCACAAGCCAUAUAUUGUAACACAUGACACUGUUAUUUCUAAGAAUAUUGAAAAUAAUAUAACUACUGGUAAGUGCUCAGUAUAUACAAAAAAGUUGGAUCUAAAUUCUCUUAGUCCAAUGAAAAGAAAUGAAUUAUUUAAUAUUGUAAAUACAAAUAACUUUAAUUUGCAAAGAUCAAUGAGUGUAGAUAACAUUUUCAACAAUCAAAAUUUUAGUAAUAAUAAUUUAUUUAAUAAUAUGAAUAUCAACGAAAAUAAAGAGAAUAAUAAACCUUUAUCGAACGUAUUUUCGAAAUUUGAUUAUAAUGAAGGUCAACAAUUCUUAAGUAAAAACAAUUUAAAUUGUUUAAAAUUUUCAAAGAGCUUAAACAACAACAUAAAUAUGAACGAAAACAAUUUAAACUCUAUAGAAAAUAAUAGUUAUUUAAAUAAUUCAAUAAAAGAAGCAAAUAUAUUUUCUUCAAAUGAAAUGAAUGAUCCUAGCAGUAUGCAAAAAUUGGUAUGUAACAAUAAUAGCUUACCUAGAAAUUAUAGUUCAAUUAAUCCGUUAGUUAAUAAUGCCCAUAAAUCAGGGCAAGUUUCUACUUUUGAAGAUUCCAAAUAUGGCUUGAAUUUUCAAAAAAACAUAAAUAACCAAAGCUUACCAUUUCCAAAAAGUACUCGUAACAGUGUUGCAUAUAUGAAUGACAUAAACAAUUUAGGUUCCACAUAUUAUGUUGAAAAUUGUAAUAAUAUUUCGGAUAUGAAUAAAUUACCAAACCAAAUUAACAGUAAUAUGAACAAAUUUGAAGAUACAUGUUUAAAUAGAUAUAAAUCGAAAUUUUUUUCAAAUAUUCCUUAUGAAGAUUAUGGAAAUUCUAACAAUUUAAAUAAUUUUCAUGGUAUUAGAAAUAACAAUAUGAUGAGAUCAAGCAGUCCCAGUGUUUGUUCUGCUGAUGGAAUCAGCGCUUAUGUUGUUGAGUACGUUGGUGACCAAAAUAGAAAAGUUAGUGAUUCCGCUUUUUCUAAAGGGUUAAAUAAUGAUUUUACAGAAGAAAUUGGUAGCAAUUAUUCUUUUAGUGGAACACUAAUUAAUUCAACAAACGAAUAA